CUUCAGUCUGUUUUAGUGAACUGUACACAUUGGUCAAAGCAGAUCGUUUCUAACCGUCAUGGAGUCUGUACUGUGGUUAGCCUUGAUUUCAGCUGGGUGUCUGGCUAGUGUCGCGGCUGGUCCAGUUUCUAGGCAAAGCACGUUCGUAGAACUGGACGCACAGCUAUUGGAACGCAUUGAACAGACUACUGAGGAAAUAGCAAGAAAUUCAACAAGAGAAUUCGUUGAUCACGAAAUUCAGGCCAUGAUUGAUUUAUUCAUAGGAAAUUUAAACAUCACGAUCGUCGACUUACAGCAAUAUUCCAGUCUCCGGAAUAGUUCAAAUUUUGACGAUACGCAAAUGAAAGAUUUUCAAAAAAAAGGAUUGAUAAUGUAUGAAAACACUGCAAUAACCAUAGAUUACGUAGUAUAUAAAAUCGGUGUUCUGACAAAGUCUAUUGAGGAACUUGAACAGCUUGAAAAAUAUAUAAUUGACGAGGAAAAAAGAUUAAAUGAUCUUUCCAAUAAUUCACUACAGAAAAAAAUUAAAUCAGUUUUGGACAAAAUACAGCGACCAAGAGGUUCAUCGGUAAUCACGUGGACCAUUUGACAGAAGUCAACGACAUAUUAAAAGGUCUUGGUGAAAAACUGAUGACAACAUUAAAAGUUUCUCAUCAUCCCAUCUAAUAUAGAUCGGUUUGCAGUUAAGCGAAAUGAACAUCAUGUUAGGUGUUAAUCAUAAACUGAAUAUUGAAACAUUUAAUUAUAUUUUUUUAAUUACAUUAGUCAUUAUAAUAAUAAGAAAAACAAUAAUCAAUAAUAUCAAUUAAAAUGUUUUUUGCUGUAUUUUUAAUAAUUACACGAAAUUGAAAAGGAUCGUUUAAGUAUUACUACCUAUUUAAUUAAACUUCAAAAUUUAAAUCGAUUCUAGCAAAUACAACACAGAAAAUAAUUUUAGUAUUAGUAUAAUAAUUAAAUAUUUUAAUUAAAAAAAAAAUAAUAUAUCAUAUUAUUUUUUAAUAUUUUAAUAUCAUUAUUUAAAUUGUAAAAAAAU